AUGGAUCACGUGAAGUGUGAUGGCGAUGGGCGUGUCAUUGCACUCACCAUCAAAGGGUGGGCCCUCAUCGGCUCCCUGCCCACUGUUGUCCUCGCAUUGUCCCAUCUCAAGGAUCUGGAAUUGGAGUGUUGCGGCCUUCGCUUGCUCCCCGAACCCAUCGCAGCCCAUCGCAUUGAUCUCAAAGGGCUCAGCAAUCUGCAGCAGCUCACUCGCCUGAGUUUGUCGAGCAACUAUCUACUGACCUCACUACUAGACGGGCUGUCCGAGCUGCAAAAGCUGCAGUCUUUGAGUUUGGAGGGGAACUACCGAUUGGAGUCGCUACCAGUCGGGCUCUCCCAGCUGCAGAAGCUGCAGUCUCUGCACUUGACGAAUCAUCAACUGUCCGGGGGGGUGCCUGCGUGGAUCUUCAGCCUCACAGACUUGACUUCACUAGUUAUCCAGAAAAACAAUUUUUCGGGCUCCAUUCCAGAGGCAAUCAGCAGCCUCAAGCAGCUAAGGGAGUUAGUCCUUGAGGAGGACGAUCUGGCAGGGUCCAUCCCCGAGGCAAUAAGAGCGCUCACCAACCUGGAAAAUCUGGUACUAUAUCAGAGCGGUCCCUCAGGCUCCAUUCCAGAGGCAAUCCGAACCCUCAAGCAGCUGCAGCGGUUAGGCCUCAGCCAAAACAAUAUCUCAGGCUCCAUUCCAGAGGCAAUCAGCAGCCUCAAGCAGCUACAGCGGUUGGAUCUGAGAAGCAACAGGCUGAGUGGCACCAUUCCUUCCUGCAUUGGCCACCUCACCGCACUCACCUACUUGGAACUCAGCACCAAUUGCCUUGCGGGGACGAUACCUGCUGCAAUCACCACUCUCAUUAAUCUCGAAUACCU